CUAACCGGUACCCUUUCACCAGCACGGUGCCGGCACAUUUCUUUUAAUAACGAUGACAUAACGGUUCUUAAAGGUUAAACAAAAAAUGUGACUUAUUAAGCAUUUUGUGCUGGAAAGCCGCACAAAAAUACAAUAUAAAAUUAAGUAAUAUUAUUAUUGGAUGGAGGUAUUUUCAACUUGAAAUGCAUCGGCGACGCGACUUGGAUCAUGUGCAGGAUGCGUGAAUGCCGCGGACCAACGACUUCGUAAUACCCACCCCGGAUGGCCAGCUGCUACUGCACGUGGCACCCGGUCCGUGUCAACACCAGGAACACUGGCUGGAUCCCCUCCACUUCGGCUUCCGCGACAGCCUGCGCAGCCACGUCGGCCUGCACGCUCUCGUCGGCCUACUAUGCAUCCUCCUGCAGCUCUGCAGUCGGCACUCGGAGUUCGUGUGGUACGGGCGCCUGGGCGUGGGCACCUGGGCGGGGCUGCUCUUCCUAGCGACCUGCCUGGUAGGCAGUUACGCUGCAGGAGCCGUCCUGAGCCCGCGCGGCAUGCGUAGUUGGUUAGUGGCCUACGUGGCGGUUUGCGGCGUGGCUCUGUGCGCCGGCAGUGCCUUAUCCUUCCUAAAUGCCGUAUACUCGUCGCUGCAUCUGAUGACCGAAUGGCAACACGCCCUGCUGGCGCUGCUGGGCGCCUUGGAGGCCUUUUUUUGCCUAAUUCACAUCAGCUUGGUGCUGUACCGGCUCUGUAGCACACCUGCCGCGCCCAACGGAUUUGACCUACACCUCCUCCUGGAAUACGCAUCCCCGCACGGUGAGCGGGUCACAGCCACGGAAGAAGGGCCACCACCUAGCUACGAUCAACUCUACCGGCCGCCGCCCAGCCCACGGGAGACGGCCAUGGAAAUGGUCGAUGUGACACCCCCGGAUGAAGGCGCCACGCCCAGUCAGAGCCGGGAGAUCAGCUCCAACGCCGGUUCACACACUAGGCUGCACGGCGAGGCGCUGCCACUCGCCACAUUGCGGCGCUGGGAUAUUCUGCAGGGCCUCUUCGGACGAGCGCAGACCGCCUCGUAAAAACGUUUACAUCAGCAAAAUUCCUUUAAAGUUAUUCGAUGUCGUAAUAUAAUGCUUUUUCAUGCAUGCACUAGCACAGCGGCAAGAUCACAUGCGUAGUAGUGGUUAAAGGUCACUUGCCGUGCUAUCCUUUAUUACGUGUUGCUGAGGAAAGUCGUCAAGUACUUUGUACAUAUCAUGUGUGUACAUUAAGAACUAAUACUCUUCUUAAAAUGCCGGCUAUUAAAACUCAGUUGACCUGUCAU